AUCAUCUAUACAACCUGUCAUCCACGUGGGCAUAAGAUAAAGAAGCCAAAGAAAUGAAUCAAAACCACCACGCGCGUGAAGUACCGACGCAAGGCGCGUCGAGGAAACGUAAGGAGACGGAGAGUGAUCCAAGAGCCACGGCCACCACACCGAACUGGCUACUGGCUGGCUACAUGGCACACGAGUACCUCACGUGCGGUACUAUGUUGGGCCGGAAGCUGUAUCCUGGAUGGGCCGAAGUUGGGCCGCUAGUCUCGCCGCCACCAGGUCCACCACCACACCACAGAGAAGCGAAAAAGGCUCGCCAGAGUUACUCUGAAGUGGCGAGUGUGUUCAAAACAAAUGGAAACCAUGUCCCUGGUGUGGUUAACCCGACCCAGCUUGCUAAAUGGAUCCAGAUGUGAACUACAAUGGUAUCAUCAUCAUCAUCAUUAUCAUCAUUGCCAUUAACAAGCUUUCAUUUUAAUUUUGGCAUUUUAGUUUUUUCUUAAUGAUGAUAGUCUUGUUUGUGUGUCACACAAAAAGAUUCGAUAAAUAAUUGUAGACUUG